GAGGAUUGGUGGCAGAUGUUAGCUCAGGGCUAACCUUCCUCAAAAAAAAAAAAAAAAAGUAUUAAGUGAAACUACCAGAACUUGAUUUAAUGGAAACAGCUCAAAGAGUUGUAUUCAAAUUCCAGCAUGAUAGUUGUAUGGUUGUGGAGCCUUAAGCAAUUAAGUGCACCCCUGAGGUGAGCUCAGUCAGACUUCCUCACCUGUUACAAGCAGACACCUGUUCUUGCAAGGUUGUAAGAAUGAAGUCUGUGAAGGGCCUGCUGCUGAGCCCUUCCUGUUAGGAUUUUACUGAAUUUUUCUUCACCUUAUGGCUCCUGUACUGUCUUUGGCUCCAGCCAAAAAGAGCCAUGCUGUUUUGUUCCAUGCAUUUUUCACUGCUGUUCCCUUUACCUGUAUUCUUCACCCUCUGCCCCACCCCUCAUUCUUUGCUUAAUCUUUCUUCGGCAUCACCACUUUCUCCGGAAAGCCUGAUACCUCUUGAUAACUCCAGAUUUCUCCAUUGAAACCUACUUCUCCCAGUCUUCUCUCAGUAAAGAGCAGCUCCAGCUGCCCACACCCAACCCUGCAGUCACCGCUGACUUGUUACGGUGCCCUCUACUUGAACUCAGGCCCUCUCCCCUCGCGCCUGGCCUGUUGUAGCAGUCUCCAGAUCAGGCUCCCUGCCUCUUCCCUUGGCCUGCUGCAGUCUGCUCUUCACACCAGCAGCCAAAACCAUCCUGUCUGAAGCAAUUCCGAGAAUGCCGUUCCUCAGCUGAAAAUCCUCCAAUGGCUUUACAACUCAUUCAUUUAUUCAACAAAUAUUCAUUGCACACCGACCGUGGACCAGGCUCUGUGAGAGGCAAUGAAGAAAAAAAACCAAAACAGAUGAAACUCCCUGGCUCACAGAACUCACAUGUUACUGACAGGCAGCACACACGGAGUAUGCAGUAAGUGCUGCAGAACAGUAAGCGAGGGGGAGGCGGAAGUAAGAAGGCAUCGCUGGUGGCGACGCAACAGGGCGAGGAGGGAAGGCCUCUGUCACAGGUGAUCUUUGAGCAGGAACGUGAGUGAGGAAGGGAAAGAGCCAUUCAAACAUCCGAGGGAAGAGUGUGCCAGGCAGGAACAGCACGAGCAAAGGCUCCGAGGCAGGGACCUGCAUGGCAAGUUUCCUGAACACAUAGUGAGGGGGCCACGGAGACUAGUCCGGUGUGAGAGACUGAGAAAUAACACAAAAUGAAGACAGAGAGGUAAAAGAUAAAAGUCAAGGCUUGAUAAUGGCCCGGAAGGCUCUAGAUCUGCACUAUCCAAUACAGCAGCCACUACCCACAUGUGGCUAUUAAAAUUCAAAUACAACUUAAAAUUCAGUUCGUCAGUUGUAUUAGCCACAUUAGAAGAGCUCAAUAGCCACAUGUGGCGAUGGUGACUGGAGUGAACAGCACAGAUACAGAACAUUUUCAUCGUCUCAGACAGCAUUUUUGGACAGGUGGUUCUCUGUUAGUGGUUCGCAACCGGGGGUGGCUUUGCCAGCCAGCGGACAUUUGGCAAAUUGGAUAUGCUUUUGGUAGACACAACCUGGGGGAGGAGGUGCUACUGGCAUCCACUGGGUAGCGGCCAGGGAUGCUGUGAGCAUCCUACAAUGCACAGGACAGGCCGAACAACAAAGAACUGCGCCGCACCAAGUGCCAGCGGCGCCGCAGCCGGGAACUCUGCUCCACGUCAGCCUCGACCGCAGCUCCGCCCUCACUGCGCGCGCCUCCCGCAGAGCCCCUGCGGCCUCCUCCUGCACUCCUGCGCUUCCCUCUCUCCCUUCGCUCUGUCCCUUAGUGUCACCGAGGGAAGCCUUUCCUGACAGCCUGUAUAAAGGAGCAGCAUCCUCCCCAGACCCCUCCUUUGGGGUUCCCCACAGCAUCUCCCGGCCUAGUCUGUCGUCCCUCACAUGUCUAUUGUCUCUCCUCCCACUAGAAAGCAAGCUCCAAAGGACCUGCAUUUGUUCCCAGCAUCACAACAGUGCCUGGCAACUCUUAGGUGCUCAAUCAAUACAUUUUUUUUUUAAUGAAUGAAAGACGAAGUUGGGCAUGCCUUCCUUGUCGUCUCACGCCCAAUAUGAGCAUUUACGUGUCAUUUCUUUACUUACAACACUCCUAAAGCUCCCUGGAGGAGGGUGUGUGCCGUUUCUCUAAUCUUCAAUCCUUAGCAUAGUGGGCACUCAUUAAUGUUUAACGAAAAACUGCUAUCUGUUGAGUAAACGAAACCCCACGUAACAUCCACUGGCAAAUUAGCUUAACCACGUUUUGAACGCCUUGUUUUAAAGACUAUGCUUACAGCGCACUUUAUGACUGGCGUUUAGCUGUCAUAUUUUUAAGAUGUUAUACGCUCACCUGGAUUUGCAGAUGUGUACUUUUCAGCCACUAACUGGCAAUACCCUAAUGAAAUGUUAACGAGUCUAAUAUGGCGGGAACACGGGAGGAGACAGGCAAGCGACAACGCGCCGCCGGCGGGUCCCCGCUGCGGCCCUGUCGGCUGUCGCCCUCCGGCCACAGGCCCGCGGCGGCGCCCAGGCUUCCCCGGCGCCGGCCCGACGAGGGCCCGUGGGCGUCUCCGCCGAGCCUCCGCGACGGAGGCCGGGGACGGACGGUGGCGCUCGCCCGUGGGCACGGGAGCACAGGGCGGCCCGGCAGCCUACGGGCCCCGAGGCCCCCGCGCAGGGCGGGCGGGACGGCGCAGUCGGAGCGCGGCCGGUGUCCCUGGGGGCGCUCCGCGGGGAGCCGGCGCGCCGGGCGGGGACGCAGCCUGUGCCGUGGGCCGCCGGCGUCGCGGGAGCCAGCCGGCACUCCCUGGCCCGCGCAGCCUCCGGGGCGCCCCGCCGCAGGACAGGCUCCCGACGCCCGCGCUCCGCUACGCCAGGCGGCGCCUCAGCGCGGACGCGGCGCUGCCGAAAGCGGGGCGCGCGCGACGCCUCUCUGUCCCGGCAGCCCGGCAGGCCGUGCGCGGCGCCGCGUUCCUGCGUGACCUCACUGGCGACCACUUCCGGCGUGGCUCCGGAAUACCCGAGGCCCCUGGCGGCGAACACCGGCAGGCACUUCCGGUGUCUGUUGCGGAGGCGCCGGCCGGCGGGCGUGGGGGCGACGUUGUUGGCGUCGUCCUCUCCCGCCGCCUGGGGGUCGAGAUGUCUGGGCUCAGCUACCCGGAGAUGGAGGGCUGUCGUAACCUGCUCGGCCUCCUGGACAACGACGAGAUCACGGCCCUGUGCGACACCGUCACCAACCGCCUGGUGCAGCCUGACGACCGCCAAGAUGCCAUUCGUGCAAUAUUAGUGUACAGUCAAAGUGCAGAAGAACUUUUGAGGCGUAGGAAAGUCCACCGAGAAGUCAUCUUUAAGUACUUGGCAGCACAGGGGGUUAUUAUACCUCCAGCUACUGAAAAACACAACCUUAUUCAGCAUGCUAAGGAUUACUGGAAAAAGCAAUUACAACUGAAAUUGAAGGAAACUCCAGAGCCAGUAAAGACGGAGAAUGUUAGAGUCUUUCAGCAGCAGGAAAAAGAAGAUAAAAAAGCUGAAAAAGUUGAUUUUCAUCGAUUAGGAGAAGAAUUCUGUCACUGGUUCUUUCAACUUCUUAAUUCUCAGAAUCCUUUUCUGGGACCUCCUCAAGAUGAAUGGGGGCCACAGCACUUCUGGCAUGAUGUCAAGCUUAGGUUUUAUUACAAGACUUCUGAACAAAAUGUGAUAGACUACCAUGGAGCAGACAUUGUGAGCCUUCGUCUGCUGUCACUAGUGAAAGAAGAAUAUCUUUUUCUUAGUCCCAACCUGGAUUCCCGUGGACUGAAAUGUGCCUCUUCUCCCCAUGGUCUCGUUAUGGUUGGAGUUGCUGGGACUGUUCACCGAGGGAACUCUUGUUUGGGCAUUUUUGAACAAAUUUUUGGACUUAUCCGCUGUCCUUUUGUGGAGAAUACUUGGAAAAUCAAAUUUAUCAACCUGAGAAUUAUUGGAGAGGGUUCCCUUGCUCCUGGAAAAUUAAUGGAACCAGCUAUUACAUUUGAACCAAGUGAUCUAGAGGCCUUUCAUAAUGUAAUCACUUUAUGUGGUACCAACGAAGUAUACGGCUUGAUGUAAGGCAGGCAUUGGAUAAUGGAACUAGAGACCAAGCUUUAUGCAGUGGAAAUGAGGCAGUGUUGAACAAAAGAGAGCUGAGUUUACCUAACCCUCUAAAACAUUGAGCACCGUAUGCCAGUCUGAAAAAAUCUGCCAUGCAGAACUCUUCCAAAUACUGCAUCAGUAAUGUCUGAGUGAUUGCAGAUGAGUUGAAAUGCCUUUCUUGACUACACUGACAUGUGAAUAGUUGCCUCCUACCUGAGUGGCAGCACAUGUUCUGAAAGCUUAAUGCAGUUCAUCAAAUAAAUCCCAUUGUAGGUGUUAUAACUAGCGGUGUGCCUUAGAAACCAGGUAAUGUUUUCAUUUUAUUUCAUGAAUAUUCUGCUAAUGUCUGUAUUUUUCAUAUGGGAAAGAAUUAAUAGUGUUCAAGGCUUCCCCUUUUUAAAUUUCUCAUUUACUUUUAUCUAAGUCUGGAUAAUUUUACAAAUAUGUCUCAUGGCAGUAUUGUUAAAAAAAAAGGUACAUAUUUUAGAGAUGUUUAAUGUAAACUCAUUUCUCAUUUUAGGAAACUUGAAUGACGUUCUUAUGCAAAAAGUUCAAUAAUUUAGCAGGUGGAGAAAAAUAUACUUUGCCUUUUUAAAUAUUUGAAGGACAUUUUUCAAAGUUAUCUACUGUAAUCCAAGCCAAAAAUCUUAUAAUCUGUAACAUUUCUGAACUGUUUUGGGCAACGCUGAGUGCUCUUCUCAAGACAGGUCUCAUUCAUAUCAAAGGCCUCGGCUCACAGUUCUGUAGAGCGUUUGUUGUAAUACCGUAUGAAAGAAACAUACUGCUGAAAUCUUUAAGAAAGUGUCCCCAGUUCCCAACUUUUGUAUGUUACUGUCUUUCCUCUUGAUUGAUCUUGGAAGAGGUGACCCAAAAAACCCCCACAAAUUUAUAAUGUGGGCAUAAACACCUAUAUAGGUAGAGAUAGACUCCCACUCAUAAAGUAAAAUUAUUAGGAUCUUUUCCACCUUUAGUUUGUUUUACUAGGUUUGAGUUACAAGGUUAAGUUCCCCGAUUAAUUACAUAGUUGCUUUAAAGUUUAAAUUCUUCAUCACCUAGCAGCUGCUUGCUGAUCUUGGAUUUAGUUAGUAAUUUUAAUUUACAAAAAUGCCAUUUGGAAAAACAUUCGACUGGGAGAUGUGAUGGUGUUCUGUACAUAUUAAUUUUUUCCUUUCGCUCUACUUGUGAUUAUCUAGGGUGACUGACAAGAAUUUGGAAACAGGAGAAAACUCAUCUUUUUUGUUUUUUUAAUGCCAUGCCUCUUAUGAGGACUACAAACUGGCAUGUCCUUAAAUAAGAACUUAAUGAAGGAGGGAAAUCCCUUUUGUCUGCUGCAAGAAUAGUGUAUUGUUUAGAUUUAAAGCCAAGUUAUCUUUUUCUUAAGUUUGAAGUGUCAUUAUAACAUGUAAUUGAUAAAUAUCCUAAGUAAAGGAUAAAAUUAAAAACAUUCCCAUCUGUUUUCUUUGUGCUGCUGAUGUCAAGUACUGCAGAAAUCCUACUCAGGAUGGGCAGGAAGUGCCUCUGGCUGUCUCGAGGAUUAAGUUUUUGAAUUUGUGUAAUGUUCAAGUAAGGCUGCAGUCUCUGCAUGCUGCUCCAAUUGCCCCGAAAAUUUGAAAUCGACCUGAUAGGCUAAGUCUGUUAAGGAUCCGAGCUAUGUUUUAUUUCCUUUGCGUCUCCACAGCUGGGCACACAGUAGGUCUGAUGUUUAACUGAAUGGGUGAAUGAAUGAGCAGAAGCAGCUUACAUACUGUAUAAAAGACUUUUCUGCGUCUGGAUUUGGUCUUUGGUUCCUCUCAUCAGUGGUGGUGUUUUGAUCAUAUCGUCUGGUUGAAUUUCAUAUGUGGAUACAUGGAAACCUUUAGGCCCAAAACUCAGUCAGAUUUGGGGAAAAUUUUAACUUUUCUUUAGAAUUUACUGAAUUUCAAAAGCCCGAGGUCACAAUGGGAUAUACUAGAGCGCCCUAAGACUACCUGGAAACCAUGAUAGGGGAGGGAUAGACUUCCCUGUUCAGAGAAGGAAGCCCUAAAGGAAUUGAAGUUUGUUCAGGAAGAUUAAAGCGUGAGGUGGUCUGGAAGCACGGUGCACAGUGAGCUCUUUACCGUGCCCACUGCUGUGUGUGUUAGGGCAUGGCAGAGACCCCAGCUUUGUGUCCCUUUGCUUCAUUACACUUGGCUGGUAUUUGGAAAGUCUGGAGUCAAGUAGUAAAGAAUGCAACACUCUACACACAGUUCAUGGUAAUCUGGUAGACCAUGGGGGCAUCUGGACUUUAUUACUCUAGGCUAAUUUGUAGCCUCAUAACGUUAUACCGCAAUUACCCUUUUUUGUUAAAAUGAAAAAAAUCUUAAAGUAAUAGUUACAUUGGGAUGUUUUAUUAAGAAUGCCAAAAAACAUUUGAUGUGUCUUAUUAACUAAAAUACCAAAUAAUAGGAAAAAAGCUAUCUCUAAUUUAUUAAAUCAACUUGCAAAUUACAAACAUAGGAAAAUGUUCCUGGGUUUUCAGAAAGGUAACAAUUUUAUGCUAAAGGAAGGCUAAUUACCUAGGCCCAGGAAGAAAUUGUAAUAGUGCCAGACAAGGAUUUAAGGAAAAGAAAAAGAUAAUCAGAAACAUUGUGUUUCAACAAAAUGGCUCUAAUGGUGAAGUAGAUCAUAAAAUGAGUGAAAACCGUGCCUUAACGUUUUUCUUAGCGUCUGUUUUCACAAAUUUAGAUGCCUCUUUUUCACUGGUUGUUAAUUUGGGUUGUGGGGGUAGUCAUUGACCUUUUGAGAAAUGAGAGCUCUAUUCUCCCCAGAAAAAAAAGUUUGUGUGUAAUAGUACAAUUUUUGUAUAUUUCAGUGAAUCCACAGUCUUCCCUAAAGCACAUCUGCGAGUCCAGUGGACUCCUCAGCUAUGUUGACAUCCUGCCGUCAUACUUACAUUUCCCCUAGCUUACUACUCUACUGUGUUAGAACGUUAAAAGUAUUUUUGCAAAAUUCUGUCCCCUUGGCAGAGUCCCUAAGCUGGAGGACUAAAUCUUUCUUAUGAAUUAAAGGAUAAUCUAGGAAAUCUGUUAGUUUAUUGUGGUUGUUAACUUGUGAAUUUUGUUUUGCAAAAGAUAUCCGAUAUUAAAACCUACAGCAGUACUGUCAAGUGAAACAUAACAGUAGUAAUUCAGAAUUCAUGUUAUUUUGACAAAAUAAAUUUAAUGAAGAACAAUGAACAUGCGUUGGAGAAAAUGAUAAAAAUGUGAAAAGAAAAAAUAUUUAAAAAAAUAUUCUCAAAACCUUUACAAAAACUUUACCCUAAGAAGAUGUUUAUUUGGUAAUGCUUGUAGAUGACUAAUUCUGAUGAAGGAUUUUAAAAAUAUGAACAUUUCCUCUGAAAGACCUGUGUGUGUGAUGAUCUCACUUUACACCGCUCCCUCUCACCGCCUCUCACCCCCAGCCCUGCUUGCGCCCUUUGUCUAUAGCCAGCUGGACUGCAGGCAGCACAGCUACGGUGCUGGGAAACAGACUUCCCGGGUCUGGGUUCUCUUCACGUUUAUUUGGCGUGUAUUUAUUGAGCAUCUACAAUUUGUAAGUCACUGAAUCAAGCACAAGAUGAAAUAAUAGAUCAAUAGGUUAUUUACCUAAACUUCUUAUGUUCAAUUCAAGUCUCAGUCUCUGGGUUUAGAUUUCUUAAAGUGAGAACUACUUUAGGCCCUUUGCAGAAGGAUUCGGUUAGAUCCUAUUAUAUGGUCAGAAAAACGAACAUUUAAGUGAAAUUUUAAAUAGCUUUAUGGCUCUAUCUAAGCCAUAGAGAUUUUAUCAAUACAGAAUACAGGAUUUUUGACAGACCACUUUAUUUAGAGUUGGGAGGAAACUAUUGCAGAACUGUAUCAGAGUGCACUAAAUACUUGUAGCUUUAUUUUUUCUAGUUUGGAACCUUUCCACUAGUCUUUCAGUAAAGCUUUAAUAAUAAAAUUUAGUGUGAUAUUUACUGUGAGUUAUAAUGUAUCCCAAAAUAUUAAACCAGAAAUUCCAGAAUUACUUGUAUUAGUCAUGAAAUGUUAUAAAGAAUCACUGGCCUGGAUUUGGUAUCUCUUAAUUUCUCCUCCCACCGGGACUACCAGAUCUCGUUGCCCUUUUUGGUGAGUCGCUUUUUAAGGGUUCUUUGGUUGGCAGCUUUCAUCUUCACUUUUUAGAUACCCUAAAUCUCCAGUAUGAAAUUAGUUACAUUUAAAUUAAUGAAUUUAAGGAUUGAAGAAAUGCCUGCUGCCUGUUACCAGUUGUGUUAAUUGUCUGAUCUGAUGUUUUCUGAACAAAAAAUAAAACCAAUAGCUACUCAGGAAAGCCUUUUUUCUUGAAGCAUUUGGUUUCAUACUUUGCAUUAAUCUUUUCCAUCUCUCAUCUUUUACUGUAUUAAUGGUUAGUAUCACACUUAAUUGUUCUCAAAUUGGCACAUGUAAGGUAAGGUACCUUUGCCUUGCUAAAUAGAUGGUAAAUUCCUAGAUCUGGUGAUUCUUACUUAUUUUGCAACCUUCUUUCCCCCAAUGCCUUGCACAGGACAAAUAAUAUUUAUGGUUUGGAUGCUUAUUUUAUGCCAGUUACUUUUCUGUGCACAUUGUGUGUAUUAACUCAUUCAGUCCUGUGGACAGCUAAACGAUGUAGUUACUAUUAUCCCUCUUUUACUGGAAAACAGGGUUGAGUAACUUCCCAAGCUUUCAGAGUUAAAGGGAGAGCCUCAAUUUAAACCCAGGUUUUCCAGCCCGAGAGCCAUGUGGUAACUAAUACACUGUAUUGCCUCAUAUGCAGUAGGUUUUUGAUGAAUCCUUUUUGACUAAUCAUCUUCAGUAUGAAGGUUGUCAUUUCCAAAGGAAAGAUGCCUUUAAUCUAUAUUGUUUAUCUAUGUACAGAGUAGGAGUGUUGAUGCAUACUGUAUCCUCUUGUAAUUAAAUCUCUUAAAUUGCUUAUUUAGUGAUUUAAAACUGCUUGGAGAAAAGAUACAGAAUAUUCAUGUAGGACAGUAUUACUUAUGAAAAAGAAAAAAGGUAAUUGGGUAAUAUAUAUGUAACAAUUUAUGUCAGAUUUCUUGAGCUCGCUGUCUCGUCACAAUCUCUAGUCCUCUUCCCUUUCUGUUUAUGACACUGAUGUGCCUGCAGCCUCAGAAGUAGGCUUUGUUUCACACCUUCACUUUCGUGCCGUGUCCAGAUAUAGCAUAUCUGCAGUACUUUUUUUUUCUUUCAGCUGCUGCUGUAAUUAGACCCUCUUUGCCUAAACCUUGACUUAGGCAAUAAUUUCUUCUUUCUUUGCUUUAGUGUUUUUUACAUAUUUGUGACAGAUUAAAAUUUCCUUAAAGGACAACUUUCAUCAUAUCCUCCAAGGUCAGAACUUUUAGUGAUGUUCCGUUAACCUCCAAAAUAAAGUCAAGAUGUCAUAAUCUGCUUUUCGUCACCGUAUGGGUUUGACUCCACUUAUUUGCACACAUUGUUUGGUCUAGCCAACAUCUACUACUAAGUAGUCUGUGUAUUUAUCCUGUGCUUAGUUAGCCCUCUGCUUUUACUGGCAAGUAUCCAAAAUUGUAGAAUUUAAUUUUUUUGUUGUUGCAGACAGACUGAUAGUAUGUUUUAGAAAGGAAAGGACUAUGAUCGAAAUGGAGCUUAAAAACUGGAAAUUUUUUCAAUAAGUCAAGCACUUUUUCUUUUCAAGAGUUUUGUAUACAUCGUCUAGAAUAUUGCUUCCUCAGCUUUUUGCAUGGCUGCUUCGUUUUCAUCUUUGAGGAUUUGCUUUAACUGUUUUCUCCUCUCUAAGUGGAGCUGCUUCUUAAUGUUUAUCAGAGCACCUUGUUUGUUUCAGUCGUAGCACUUUAGAUAUGACUGUUAAUUUACUAAUUUAUUAAUUUUGCCCCACUAUAUUUUAGCUGAGAGCAGGGACUAGAACUGUUUCACUUUCAUUGUAUUUCCGUUGCUUUCCACAGAGACUAGGCAUUCAGUAGCUGUCUAUUAAAGCUAUAAAUAAGGGAACAAAUGCUGCUUUUUGUUCAAAGCCUCACACGUUCCUCCAUAUAUCUGCUAAAGACAAUGUCUAGUGUUUGUAUUAGGUGCUCAGUAAAUCUUUGUUUAAUGAAUAAAGCAAAAGUUACCUUCCUGAGUGGUGAUUAUGAGCUCUGAUACAGUCAACAAUGCUCUUUGGUAGAUGGGAUUACUAAAGUUUUAUUAAACUGAAGCCCCAAAAGCUAAGUAAUGUGCUGAAGUUCACAUAGUUUUGUUGUAGACAUUUUUUUCCUCUGGCAUUUUUGUUUUGGUUGUAUUUCCUUUUUAAGCCACAAAGCCUGUUUUUCUUGCACUUUAUUUCCAGUCUGACUGCUGCUGCUACCUUAUUUUGAAGGAGUUUAAACUCUUAAUCCUCAAUUUCUUCACAUAUAAAACUGAACCAGUUAGAUUAGAUGAUUUCUAAGGUCUGCUGUGAUUUCGAACUUACAUGGUUUUGUGAUUGUCUUCUUAGCAAAUCAAGAAUUUUUUUUUUUGGUGAGGAAGAUUGACUCUGAGCUAACAUCUGUUGCCAGUCUUCCUCUUUUUGCUUGAGGAAGACUGUCGCUGAGCUAACAUCUGUGCCCAUCUUCCUCUCCUUUAUGUGGGACGCUGCCACAGUGUGGCUUGAUGAGCGGUGCUUGGUCCGUGCCCGGGAACUGAACCUGUAAACCCCUGGCUGCUGAAGCAGAGCACACGAACCUAACUGCUACGCCCCUGGGACAGCUACUCAAGAAUAUUUUUUAAAGUAAUUUGUAGUUCAUUCAGGAAGUUAUUAUUUUGCUUCUUCAUAAAUCAUGCUCAUUGAAAACACUUCAUUCUUUGUUUUUUUCAAACAAAUACACAUUUUUAAGUAUUUGUGUUUAGUGUGUGUAUUUCUGCUUACAGAGGGAAAAAAACAGAAAAGAAUGAAAAUAUUAACACAUCAUAUCUAGACUAGAAAAGAAAAGUAUGAAGCCUUUAAAAUAUUUUCCUAUUUUUUGACCACUAAAAAUUCUGAAGUUGUUUGAAGCUACUGUUCUAUUAAAGUUUUUUGCUUUGUUGCAUAUAUUCAAAAUAUGUUUACAUGUUUUAGUCAAGAAAAGUGGAAAGUGGUUGAUGGAAGGCCAAAUUGUAGACUGCUAGUAAUCCCCAGUAAAAAUAAAGAUGUCAAUAAAAUCAAUUAUAGGUAAUUCCUUCAAAGAAACUGAGCAAUAGGAGUUGACAAAUAUUUAGGAAUGAAAUUGGAGACAUGGCAAAUUCGGGAUGGCAUUUUUCUGUAGGAAGCAUGGCCUUGGAUGGAUGCUACUCAUGAGGUCAUUGAAAGUUAUUCCAGGAAGUUUAAUGGAAAAUAUUGGUUUAACAAAGACAGGUGGUUUUGCUGUACUGACUGCACUGAUUGGAGAAGUACAGCAUCUUGAUAAAACGAGCUUUGAGUGCAGAAACAAGGUAACAGUGGAAAAUUGAAGCAUCUCAGGGACUUUAGUGGGGGAACUAGUAAUAGAACAAUCGUAAAACCAUUGAACAACAAUAGACUCCUAGGCAGUAAGACAAAUCUCAGAGAAAGCCGUAAUUUUAAUUCUGAGAGCAACCUUAUGCUAGAACAAGACUUCAGGACUGAGAAAAAAGUGGAUUUUAAAUAGUGUAUCUGUGUUUUCUCUUAAAUGUCUUCUUUCAAUUUGGUAAACAUUUCUUGACUGCUUACUACGUACCAGGUGUUUUAAUGGACAACACUUGCUACCUAAAGUAGCUUGUACUUUCUUAUUACUAUUUUCACUUUAACUUGUAUAAAAUAAUAUUUCCUGUUUAAUAAAGGGUUUAUUUUGUUGGAAA